AUGGCUGGUGGGAAAGCUGGAAAGGACUCUGGAAAGGCAAAGACAAAGGUAGUUUCCAGCUCCCUGAGGGCUGGCUCUCAGUUCCCAGUGGGCCUCAUUCGUCAGUUUUGGAAGUGUCUGACAAGGAGCCUUGGACAGGUGGGAGCCCUCACUGCUGUGUACAGCACAGCCAUCCUGGAUUAUCUAACUGCAGAGCUUGCCAUUUGUGGGGAUGAAGGAUUGGACCCUCUUAUUAAGGCAACAAUUGCUGGUGGUGGCGUGAUUCCACACAUCCAUAAAUCUCUGAUCAGAAAGAAAGGACAACAGUGA